AUGCUGGACGCGAGACUGGAAAAAAGAGGGCGGGAGGUGAGUGGAGGGGAGAAGAUGGGGAAAUGGAUGGAGAGGACUGGCGAAAGGGCGAAGCGGCCACUUUCGCUUCCCCCGCCCCUUUCCGCUCUCCCCUUCAUCUUCCAGAUUCUAGUGCGCGUUGAUGAAACGUCCUUUCCUCUCCCUCCCCCACCCCCUCUUUCCCCCCCUCCUUUCCUCCCUUCCCGCGCUUCCGCUUCUCUCCAUUUUGACCCGGCCUACAAAGGUCACGCAUAUCUCAGCCUCCCUACCCGCUCAUAUUCCCCGCUCUCCCCUCGUUUCCCCCGCUCUCCCUUCAUUUCCCUCGUUCUACCCUCAUUCCCCCGCUCUCCCCUCAUCCCCCCCGCUCCCCCUCAUCCCCCCGCUCUCCCCUCAUAUUCCCUGCUCUUCGCUCAGCUUCCCCUCUCUCCACUCAUUCUCCCCUCUCUAACUUCACCCCCCCAGCCCCCCCUUCAUAUCACUGCUGCCUCUCUUGUUCUCUUCCUUCACCCCCACCCUCACUUCCCUUGUCUCACGCCACCCCUGUUCCCUGCUUUCCGACUCACCCCUCAUCCCCUUCCCCCUCCAAUACCUCAACUUUCCCCUCACUGA